UGAGGGAGCGAUCAGUCUGGGCGGAGUGAUCGGGGAGGUAUUGUCAAUUUGUUGAAAGUAAUAGACUGUAAGAAGAGAAAGGAAGACUUGCGGCCGUUAAAGAAAAACUCAGAAGUUUACGGUCUGUUGUUUGAAGAGUUUAAAAUAAAGGGGUUUCUUCUAUCUGGGAGCGUUGCUACCGUGCGGCAGAAAGAAUAAGGGUGGGAAACGGGACAGAAGCAAAACACUGGAUUGCAAAAACAUGGAGACACGGAGAGAAGGGUAUUCCGCGCAAGUUUGAGGGAUUUCGUCUGCAAGUCCAACAUAUCGGGGAAUUUGAAGUGUCGCCCGGAGCUGAAACCGGUUCGAUUUGUAGCCUCAUCCCUUCGCUGUUCCCCUUUUUUGUGGAAAAGAUCUGUUUUCGGAUCGGGGAAUAAGAGGGAAGCCGAGUAUCGAGAGAACACCAAAAAAGUUUUUGCCCUGGAAAGCGCCGGACUGCCUUGCUGAGGAAAUCUGGGAGUUCGUGUUGCUGGAAAAAAAAAAAAACAACAAGGGGGGGGGGGAGAUCGCGUUUUAAAAACCACGCACAGCCGUGCGGGCGCGCCUCGGGUUGCUAUGUAAGGAUCGGGAAGGGGGGAAUCUCAAAAUUAGAAAAAAAAAGGACAAGAAUUUGCAGGUUUUUGGAAGAGCAGGAGCAGGAGCAGGAGGAGGAGGAGGAGGGGGGGGGUAGUCUUUUUUUUCCUUUUCAUUAUUCAUUGGAAUAUCGGCAAAGCAGGAGGGCCUGUUUCUGGACAGCGGGGCUCUGAGGAGCCGGGAGGCUAAUGGGAGUCCUCGCGGCCGGGAAUGCUGUGAGUCGCGCGACCGGGACGGGCUGCUCGCGCCGGGCUUCGGGAAAGUCCCCCGAGCUGGUCGGGAGGGAGCGGGCGGCGCAGUAGGAUGAGCGACGGCGGGCACGGCUCCGGGGGGGAAACCGAAUAGGGAUGUAUAUUCCUAAAAGCAUCGUUUAAAAAAAAAACAAAAAACAGAAACAGAAAUAGCCGCCGCCGCAGCAGCAGCAGCAGCAGGACGGGUGGGGGGGUGUGGAGGGGACCCCACGGUGGUGUGAUGAGAACCUCGCCGACUGUAAAGGCAGGAUUCGAAGGGAACAGAGGCGAAGCCGGAGAAAGGAGAGUUUUCCAGCGGGGAAGCGCCUUCACAAUAGGAAUUUCACUGCGCCGGCGGAAUUGAGCACCAGGCGGCGGGGAGACGGAGCCAGGGGGCGACGCGUGCUCGGGAAUCCCGUCCUGCGGAUUUUUUUUUGGGGGAAAAAGCCUUUCGCGCAUUCCCCGCGUCAGACCCUUCCGGAUUCUCUUAGGAUUGUACAGCGAUCGCCCGGAUCUGCUUCAUUUUUAGAUCCAUUUAUUUAUAUGAGAUACAAUUUUUCUUCCCGCUCCAGUGGAAGGAUCCCCGUUUACAUUAUUGUUGUCGUGCGCCCGGUGUGGGAGAAAGAGUCGUCGCGCUGCGGAAUCUCGACAGAAGUCUGCCCGACAUCUCGUCCACUGGGGUUUGUUCUUCAGCGAUAUUCGUAUCAUUGUUGGCAUUUGUGACACACACACGCACACGAGAGAGAGAGAGAGAGAGCAUCCUGACGGAUAUUAGGAGGGACCUGCUACUUUCCCGACAGACGGAGGGUAUUUUUAUUUUUGUUAAAAUGCUAAUUGGAUAAGAGCCGAAGCAAAACUCGAAACAGAAGCCCAAUGAGCGGCACACAGUCUACAAUCACUGACAGGUUUCCCACCAAAAAACCAACCAGGCAAUGUAGCAUCCACAGCAAGGACCCCCCUCCAGACAAGAAGCACAAGAUUGAGAAAUCCUCCGUCUCCUCGCAUGAGUUUGACCCUACAGACCUGGUGUCCCGGACGAGCCGGAGCCGUGUGGACGGGGGGAAGCCGGAGCUGUGUGGGCUGGUCCAGAGAUGUGUGAUCAUUCAGAGAGACGAUAAUGGCUUCGGGCUGACCGUGAGCGGAGACAAUCCUGUGUUUGUGCAGCUUGUCAAAGAAGAUGGAGCUGCGAUGCGUGCUGGCGUUCAGACAGGAGACAGAAUCAUUAAGGUGAAUGGGACCCUGGUCACGCAUUCGAACCAUGUGGAAGUUGUGAAGUUGAUCAAAUCGGGCUCCUAUGUGGCCCUCACAGUCCUGGGGCGACCUCCCGGGUUACCCCAGAUCCCCCUUACGGAGGUGGAGGGGGACGCCGGGCCCCUGGGCCAUGGGGGGUCCUCGGUCACCUCCCCCCACUCCCCCGGACAGACGGCGGGGGAGCACACCUCCAGCCCCUCGGAUCGCAUCACGGCCCCCGUGCCUGUCUGGGAAGAAAACAACAUUGUGCACAACCAGAAGGUGGAUAUAUUACAGAAGAUGCUCUCCAAGGAACAGCAGGAUUUACAGGCGAUGAAGGAAGAGUACAGCCGAAACCCCACACCUAAACUACUGAAGGAGAUCCAGGAAGCCAAGAAGCACAUUCCUCAACUGCAGGUGCAGCUCAACAAGGCGACAGGCGGAGUGCAGGACGGGCCGCUCCCCUCCAGGCUGCCCUCGGACGCCCUGCAGAUCAGCGAAGGGGAGGACGGGGCAGCGGACGCGGACCAGGGCCUCUCCCCGCGGGGCGACGGCGCAGUGGACAGCCCCCGGCCCAACAGCACGGCCCCCAGCAUCUCGUCCGGCCUGCACUCCGCCCUCACGGACAGCCAGUGCCAAAGAGACACGCCCUGCCACAGCCCAAAGACCGCGCCCAGGGAGGGGCUCAACUCCUUCGAGUCGCCGGAGGCCGAGGACACGCCCGACCCGGACUCCCACUCCCAGUCCAGCAUCGGCAGCCCCUCGUCUCGCCUGGCCUCUCAGAUUAUCGGAGCCGAGGACGACUACUUUGAAACGGAGGAUCAGAUCAAUGGCCAGUGCAGCUGCUUCCAGAGCAUGGAGCUGCUCAAGUCCCGGCCGGCGCACCUGGCCGCCUUCCUCCACCACGUCGUCUCGCAGUUCGACCCCGCGCCGCUGCUGUGCUACCUCUACGCUGACCUCUACAAGCAGACCAACUCCAAAGAGACCCGUCGCAUCUUCAUGGACUUCCACACCUUCUUCAUGGACAGAGGGGCGAAUCUGAAGGUAGCUGUGCCCGAGUCCAUCUCCACAGAACUCGAGCGGCGGCGGCCGGAGUUGAUCCCAGAGGACCUGCACAGGCAGUAUGUCCAGGUGAUGCAGGACACGCUACUGCCGGACAUUCAGAAGAACCUGGAAGACUUCAGACAGAAGCGCAGCAUGGGGCUAACGGUGGCUGAGAACGACCUGACCAAGCUGGACACCGAGCGCAUGAGGGACCGCGUCGCGCUGGAGAAGGAGCGGACCUGCGCCGAGCACAUCAUCUCCAAGAUCGAGGAUGUCCUGCUAACAUCGCAGCCUACAGAAGAGGAGAAGUGCACCACCAUGCAGUACGUCAUCCUCAGCUACAUGAAGCAUCUGGGGGUGAAGGUGAAGGAGCCCCGCAUCCUGGAGCAGAAGCGGGUCCGCAUCGGCGCCUUCCUCCCUAAAAUCAAGGUAGGCCGCGCCAUGGAGCUCCACGGCAAGCGGCUGCAGAAGCAGAUGUCCCAGCCGGCCCCCAGCGUCCCCGAGCACCCGGAGGCCGGCCGCACCCGGGGCAGCCAGUCCAGCGAGGGCUCGGACCCCACGCACACGCCGUCUCUCGCCACCUCGCCUCCCCACAGCGCCAGCGGGGGCCUGAGCGCCGAGCCGGGGGGGCGCGACUUCGACUCUGGUGCGGCCCCGUUCUCGGCAGCCCCCAAACACGGCGAGGGGCAGCACCCGGGCGACUCUGUGGAUGGCCUGCCCCGGACCCCCAACACGGUCUUCGACUUCAACAUCCCCGGCUUCGAGCAGCUGCCGGAAGAGGAGCGGGAGGUGGACAGAACCCUGGAGGUUGGCACCCCCAAGGCCAUCAGAAGGAUGGACACGCUAAGCGGCGGCGAGGUGCAGAGUGAGGAUGACCAGUGCUACGAAAUCGACGCUGAGCUGGACCCACCGAACUGGCAGCAGCUGGUGAGCCGGGAGGUUCUGGCCGGCCUGACGCCCCACGAGAUCAAGAGGCAGGAAGUCAUUAAUGAGCUGUUCUACACGGAGCGCGCUCACCUGCGCAUGCUGCGUGUGCUGGACCGCGUCUUCUACCAGAAGCUCUCUCAGGAGGCCAUCCUGUCCCUCGGAGAAAUCAAGCAAAUCUUCGCCAACCUGGAGGAGAUCCUUCAGCUGCACGUUUCAAUAAGCGAACAAAUGGUGACAAUCCGCAAGAAAAACGAGACGUCUGUGAUUGACCAGAUUGGAGAUGACCUUCUGUCCUGGUUCAGCGGCGGGGAGGAGGAGAAGAUCAAGCGGGCGGUCGGGACUUUCUGCAGCAACCAGCCCUUCGCUCUGGAGCUGAUCAAGACGAAGAAGAAGGACUCUCGGUUCACGGCCUUCAUGCAGGAGGCGGAGAGCAACCGGCUGUGUCGCAGGCUGCAGCUGAAGGACAUCAUUCCUGUGGAGAUGCAGAGGCUGACCAAGUACCCCCUGCUGCUGGAGAACAUCGCCAAGAACACAGAGGACGCGGAGGAGAGGGAGAAGGUGAAGAGGGCUGGCGAGUGCUGCCGACAGAUCCUCAACUACGUCAACCAGGCCGUCAAGGAGUCGGAGAACAAGCAGAGACUGGAGGACUACCAGCGGAGACUGGACCUCUCUUCCCUGAAGCAGAGCGAGUACCCCAUGAUCUCGGAGUUCAAGAAUCUUGACCUGACCAAGCGGAAGAUGAUCCAUGAGGGACCUCUGUCCUGGAAGGUCAACAAGGACAAGACAAUCGAGCUGUACACGCUCCUCCUGGAGGACAUCCUCGUGCUCCUGCAGAAGCAGGACGAGCGGCUCAUCCUCAAGUGCCACAGCAAGAACCUGGCCGGCACCGCGGACACCAAGCACAUCUUCAGCCCCAUCAUCAAGCUCAACACCGUCCUGGUGCGCUCGGUGGCCACAGAUAACAAGUCAUUCUUUGUGCUCUCCAUGUCGGACAACGGGGCUCAGAUCUACGAGCUGAUGGCUCAGACGGUGUCAGAGCAGAAAACGUGGCAGUACCUGAUCACGCAGAGGGCCGACUCCAUGAAAACAAAGCCACACAAUGUCAUACCCUUACCUCAGCCUGACAGCGAGCGAGAUGACGCUGACCUGAUCAGCACCACUGCGCACCACAAACUGAGCAAAGACUCGGACCACAUAUCCACGGCCAGCGUCCAGUCCCCAGAGAAAGAUGUGGGCGUGGCCUCCCCCGGGAUGCUGCAGACUCCGCCCUCUGACUCCGCCCCCUUCGAGGGGCUCAAAUCAGAUGAGGAGGAGGAGGAGGAGGCGGGGCAGGAGGAGGAGGAGGGGCCCUACCUGGAUCCCGAGCUAGAUGAUCGGCUACCCUUCUUGCCUCAAAGGUCACGCCAAGGUGUGGCCGUUGAUGAUGAGGAACUGGCUGCCUUUCACUUCCCGCCCUCCCCUGCAAGAGCUGAGGAAGCCCUUAAGAGCUGUGAGUGGAAGCCGCUGUUGUGUGCAGAACUACUGGAAACCCACACCAUGUAUGUGUACACGAAUAUUCUUCUGAUAGCGGCAGGUGUUGUUCCGUUUCUAGCUGUUUUGUGUUGUCAGACCCGGCCGGGAGCUGUGGCAGAGCCCAGCUUAGGAAUGGUCUCUGCCUGUACAGCACACAGGUACCUGGUGCUGGAGGGCGACGAGGGGGCGGGGGAGAGCAGUACCGACGACGGCCUCUUGGGCGGCCCCGGCGAGCUGGGGGAACGCCGGGGGUCGGCCGGCGACGCGGGCAUCGACCUGAGGAAGCUGCUGUCGCCGUCCUCGCUGCCCGCCAGCGCUCCUGACUUCGGCCGACAAGUCAUGACGCACAUCCGGGUGUUGCAGGCCAGCCUGCACCAUCUCAAGGAGGUGGAGACCAAGUAUAACCUACUAUGCCAAAGGCUGGCAGGAUCAGCUUCUGACACAGACGAACACAAAGACAAGAGUUAGUGCUGGCAGAGGAUGGCCAGCCCCUGCACCCCGCCCAGACGGACGACUGGCCGGAGGGACAGAGGGGACAUACCGGCUCAACCCCUGGCACUGCGGCGCGGCCCCUCCUUCCACUCCUGAAGGGAGGGGGGGGGGGCAAGGGGGGGCAGGAAGGCGCGAGAGAAGCGCCCGUCGGUCUCUCCUCUGUCACGCCUGCACCAGGCAAUCAGGGAAGACAGCCUGAGCAGCGCACCCCCCAGUCCUCCCUGAAGACCCCCCUCUGCUCGGAGAAAGAACUUACCAAAUCGAACAAGAAGAGGAGAAACACAUAAUCUGAUAAUAACGUCGUUAGAUUUUCUUUUUGUUUUUUUUACCCCAAGAUGUAUUUAUUUGACUUUAAUUUUAUUUGAUUUUUUUAAAGAACUCUGAAUCUCCUUUUCCACCAUCCCGUUUCUGGGGUGCUGUGUGGCCUCCUGAACUCUAGAGGGCAGCCUUGGUUGUCUCUGUGCCCUGCCUGUCGGGCACAAGCGCUAGCCUUGUGAGAAGCUGGUCUGAAGUGGAUCUUGCACUGCUGUAGUUCCCUAAGGGCACGACUGUGCCGAGCAGAGCUAUGAAGAACGUCCUGCCCAGGUGUGGGGUCGGGCCUGGAGAAAACUAGCGGGUUUGAUGACGGAAUAAUACACACUGCAUUUAAUUGUACUCCCUCCCCUGCGUCAUUUUAAAAGCGUUUUCAUUACAACUUUCUUCAGCCAGCCCUGUUGCACCCCGUUCUUAUAUUUAUAUAAAAUGUUUAAAAAAGCGAAGGGAUCUUGUAGGGUUUCCUCCACUUUAAUUCGGUUCUUAAUCACUAAGCCUGGGCUGUUGACAAACCCACCUGGUUGCCAAAGACUGGCAGAAGAUGUCGAGCAGUAUUUUUUUGUUGUUGUAAAAGUGAGUAUUUCGCACACAGCUGAUGACUGUACGACUGAUCUUCUGGUUCCGUCGGCCACCGCGUUUUUAUUCGCGCCGGGUGGGGCAGGGCAAGGGAGCGCGCCGACGUCACCGGAGCGCGUGGGUCCCGGGUUCGACUCCGGCUUGGCGCGGCCGUCGGUGCGGAGGCUGCGUGUCCUCGCCGAGUCCGAGCGGGCAGGCGAGUCGGGGGCAGGGGAAUCCCGGGGGGUCUCGUACUUAGAGGCGCUGUUCGUGAGGGCCCGCUCCCUUCUUUUCAGUUGUCUGAUGCUCAGUCAGAAGCAACUGCCCCUGGAACAACCUCGCCUCUUGGGCGUAACAAGCUCGAGGUGAAAGGGAACGGAAAAAUCUCUUUGUUGGAAGCUUUAUUGCUGUUUUUUGAAGAGUACGGAUUCCCCUAAGACGGUAUUGUCUGUGUGUACUGCGCUGUGGGUGGGCUUUCUUCCAGCAGUUCUGCCUGCGUUAGGGGCAUUUCCACGUCAGGAUGAAUUUACAGCUGUCAACCACAAGGUGUCGCUCCAAGCUUAAGAAAGUGUCUGUGUGUGGGGGGGUUGCACAGCGUCUCCGUUCACCCCGUUUGAUAGUUUGUCAAUGCAUUGACUAUCUUUCUAGUCAGGACAGCCCUUAAAGUUGUGCCCUUGCCUUUACUAACCCGGGGGGAGAAGCGAGAGGGGAGGGAGGAAUCGGUUGCUGUGUGUUUCAUUUGUUACUUUGUCUUUUGUAUCGCGUUACUGUACAGGGUCCUUCGGAAAUGGGCUACUAUAGAUAUUUUCAUUCACAGACGAAGGAGGAAAAAUAAAGGGGGGAGAGACUGCGUGCCUCGCUGUCAGCCCGCCGCCGGGCGCGGACUCAUCCAUCGCUCCCCCGAAACACGGAAACCGCGGAGCAGGGAGCUCGGGGAUCAUGUUGUGUAAAAAUUGUACAAUUCUGACCAUCACUGCAUCUCAGAACAAGAAAGACGAUGAGAUACGUUCCUAAUUAUUUUUUAAUUUGUUUUUGUGUGUUGUUUUUUUUCUGCUUUCUACAUCAUACAAUCAUUUAUUAUUUUAAC